AUGGGAGUAUCACAGUCCCGUUCAUUUAGUUUAGAUUCUUUUGUGACUGAGAUUGGAAACGAUGUCAGCUACGAUAAGAGUCUCGGCAAUUCGCGCUUUCUCAAGGCGAUAAGAGGUAAAAGCAGAAGCGGGCGGAUUGUAGUGAAGGUAUUCACAAAAGCCGACCCUUCCGUUAACUUGCAGUCCUUCAUUCAGCGCUUGAAGAAGGAGAAAUCUCAGCUCGUGGGAAUAACAAAUGUCUAUACUUUCCAGACUUUCCUUGAAACUGAUAAAGCCGCAUACAAAAUUCGUCAAUACAUAGGCACAAACCUAUACGAUAGGGUAAGCACACGACCAUUCUGGACGCCCAUAGAGAAAAAGUGGGUCGCAUUUCAACUACUAGUUGCUCUUCAAGAUAGCCACACUUGUCAGGUAGCUCAUGGUGACAUCAAAUCAGAAAAUGUCUUAGUUACUUCCUCAAACUGGGUCUAUUUAACGGACUUUGCCAGCAUUAAACCUUCACAUUUACCACUAGAUGAUCCAACAGACUUCAGUUUAUAUUUUGACACUUCCGCUAGACGAACUUGCUACCUUGCACCUGAGCGAUUUUUCGAUAGUGACAGCGAAAUCGCCCAACUUCGUCAACUCAUACUCGAGAAAGGCGCCAGCAACGUCGACACGCAGGAUAAGCUAGUAGUUACCGAAGCGAUGGAUGUAUUUUCGGCGGGAUGCGUUAUCGCUGAGCUUUUCUUAGAGGGUACACCCUUGUUUACCCUCUCACAGCUAUUGAGAUACAAAGAGGGUAACUACGAUCCGACAUCUGUCAUUGAAAAGAUUGACGACGAUGCCGUGAGGGAGUUAGUCGUCUCAAUGACUCAAAUCGAUCCAGGAAAUCGUCAAUCUUUCUCAGGCUACCUCGUAGAUUUCCGACAGAAACUCUUCCCAGAUGUUUUCUACGCGUUCUUGCACGACUAUUGUGCCAAAUUACUCGAACCCGUACAGCAACCAGCCAAUCCUACGGUCGUCGCACCAUCUAAUACCUCGGCGGCUCUUUUUGAUACCACGCAACCAAAUGCUCCAACUACAAUACCCAAUCACAUGAAAGAUGUGCCAGAGGAGAGGAUCGAGAAGAUGUGGAAUGACUGGUUGGAGAUCUCCAGUAAUUUUGACGAGCGUUAUCUUCAAAUUAAGGAGGAUGUCGACAACGAAGAUCAUGUUGAUUCUGCUAUUUUCCCAGUGCAGCUUUCGAUACCGAAUAUCAAACCUUCGUAUGUGGUGAGGAAGGCGGAUGCUCAUUCGAGCAGUGAUGAAGAUGACACCGCACUGCUCAUAUCAACCCUUCUCUGCUCAAACAUACGCGACUGCCUUAAACCAACUUCCAAAAUAAAGGCAUUAGAGCUGCUAUUGACCGUCAGCUGCUAUCUCAAGGAUGAGACCAAGUUGGAUCGGAUCAUCCCCUACAUGGUCGAUCUCCUUAGUGAUACGAAUGCAAAUGUACGAGCAGCAACACUGCGUACAAUAACUCAGAUACUCCUUAUUGUUGGUGGAAUCACUCCUGCGAACUCAACUGUGUUUAUCGAAUACUUACUUCCGCUUAUCAUGCCACUAGUGACUGAUGAAUCCGAGCUUGUCAGGUCGAUGUUUGCGCAGUGCAUUUCACCAAUCGCCGAGACUGGGCAGAAGUUCCUCGAUUUGGCUGAGUCGAUGAAGUCGAAUAACACAUACACAGCUAAUGAAGGUGUUGAGAAGAUGCUUUUGGAUGGAAACGAGUCUUUUGAGAACUCUUACGAAGCUUCUUCGCAAGACUUGCAGAUGUUCAUCCAGGACGCUGUAGCCACAUUGCUAACAGACAAAUCAUCGAUGGUGAAAAGGUCCUUAUUGCAAGAUAUAAUACCGCUCUGCUUGUUCUUUGGACCUGCGAAAUCCAACGAUCUUCUACUGACGCACAUUAAUACCUAUCUUAAUGACAGAGAUUGGGAGUUGCGUUCGGCAUUUUUUGACAGUGUCGUUGGAAUAGCUACAUGCGUUGGAGGCAAGUGUGUUGAAGAGUACAUCCUUCCGCUGGUUAUACAAGCAUUAGCUGAUCCUGAGGAGAACGUUAUCGUAAAUGUACUCAAUUCUAUUCGCAAACUCGCUGAAUUAGGCUUGUUCAAAAAGGUGCACAUUUGGGAGCUCAUUGGUAUGACUUUUGCGCUCCUCGUCCAUCCCAAUGUGUGCAUACGGCAGAAUGUUAUUGAGUUUAUAAGUGCUGCUGUUUCGCGAUUACCUGAAACAGAUACGUGGUGUAUCAUAUACCCCCAGUUGACUACCUUACUUAGUGGCCAGAUCAGUCGUGUUGACGUUGACUCACUAUCUGAGGCUGUUCUUCCUCCUCUUUCAAGGAAGCUGUUCGUUAUUGCUCAAGAAUGGUCGCUCAAGGUUCCCAAGUCGCCCUUCUGGAAGACUGGAACUAGUACAUCACCGAUUGGUGUAAAAGAGGGUUUGCGUAGUCUUCGUGCGAGCCUCUAUCAAUCUGGAUCUCAGGUAUCUCCAAAAGUAGACACGCACAUCUGUGAUGAGGACAAGCCAUUCAUCGAUCGCAUGACUCUCAAUGGCUUCACAAAGGAAGAUGAAGUAAAAUUGAGAUACUUACGUUCACAUAUCAUGAUGCUAGCAAAAGCUCAAGAGAGUAAACUAAGCGAAGUGCAAAGAAUGCCACAACCUGAUAUCAACAAUGUAAUCGCGUUGUCCGAUUUGAAAGUAGCACCACAAACAGUUUUCAUCGGUUUGAGGAACUCCAACCUCGUAUCAGGUACCCUCGAGGCCAACUUCAAGAGUAGGAGUAAUCUCUCCAAGCAGAGGAGUAUAGAGAGUUGGUCGAGGCAAAUAUCAACGCUCUCACAGCGCAGUACGCCUGUGAGUGAGUACGCCAAACCACCUGUACAGAUUCCGAACAGAGGUGACGUUAUGGACUUACGCAAACGGCUAGCCCAGCCACCGGCAUCGGUGCAGGCACUUGCUGAGCCAACAAAAGCUAUGGAUGUUAGUAGGAGAGAAUCGACGACUACACUUGAAACUAUGCAUUCAACAUCACCCAAGAUGGCUGAUUUACCUGGAUUUGAUGGUGCAAGCCCACCUGAACCAGGAUCACACGCAGGUUCUCCUUUAAUAUCAUACAUUCGACCACCGAGAAGAGGUCCUUUGCCGAGUGACGGUCAGAAAGCUGCUCCAGCUAUUGGUUCAAUCAGUACGAAUGCGCUCGGUAUGCUAGAAAUACCUAGACGUGAUAAUUACGAUGAUGGUGGUAUGAAUAGUGGAGGCGCAACGCCUAUCAGUGCUGGCGGUAUAAUUUCUAAAGCAAAACUACCUUCGAACCAAACACAAUAUCAUCACACAUACGAAGGCAAAGAUCCAGCCAUACUGAUGAUGUUAGAUAAUGUAUGCAAAGAAUCGCUUAAAGAGCCCUUAUCAGAGUUUGGCAAUAAAGUCACACCACCUCUACUCAAAAGAAAAAAGAGCGCGGUUUUAAACGACGACGAUGGAUUUUCAAUGAGGAUGGUAGGCCAAUUUAAGGAACACACAUCUGCAAUUACCUCUAUAGUUGUUUCGCCCGAUCAUUUAUUCUUUGUGACGGGAUCGAGUGAUCAUACCGUCAAAGUAUGGGAUACAACUCGCUUAGAGAAGAAUGUUACCUCUAAAUCUAGACAUACACUUAAACGUAGUGAGGCGGUAAAGGCGUUAUGCGUUAUUCAGGAUACUCAUUGCAUUGCUGUCGCUUGCAAAGAUGGUACUAUUGCUAUCUUUAGAGUUGACGUUUCGGUUGGAACGAACUUGCCGAAAUAUGCAUCGGAAUUAUGCAUUGUUAGGGAAUUUAACGUCAAAUUUGCAAGUGAUGGUGAAUACAUUACGUGGAUGUUCCAUUACAGUAAUGAUUUAUCUAGUAACUUGGUUUAUACUACUUCCUUCUCACGCUUAUGUAUAGUUGAUUUGCGCAACAAUCAAGACAUGCUAGAGUUAGAAGCCCCAGUCUCACACGGUCCAAUACUUAGCGCCUGUAUUGAUAGCACACGCUCAUGGGUUGUCACUGGUUCGUUAUUUGGACAUCUCUGCUUAUGGGAUAUAAGGUUUGGAAUGAUUGUUCACACUUGGAUGAGCAGAAGGGAAGGCAGUAUCAAUCAAAUUGAAAUUGAGCCAUCGAGUGAAGAGCUCAUUUUGGUAUCUGUUAGUGACACUGCCAUGUCCAAUACCGUGAUUGAAGUACACAACGUCGCUACGAAGCAAGUUGUGGAUGUUUAUGAAUCGCAGCCUCUAGGUGAAUGUAAAAGAGGGAAGGAGAGACAGAAUGACAGUACUGUGAAGGCCAUAGAUGAUAUUAUUAAAGUAGGAAAAGAAACCCAAAAUACUGUUCCACUAGAAAGUGAAUCAGCACGGUCGUUCCUCAUAGGUCCAGCAUCAAAGAAAAGCGGCGGUAUGUGGUAUAGCUAUGCAACUGCACAGGCACACGCGGCUGCUCAACUCAAUACUAGUGCUUGGGUUUUGGAGGAUUCGAAAAAUAAAAACGCAAGAAAGGAGAGGAAGAAAUUCCUAAUCAUUGGCACAAACUCACAACAAAUUAAGUGCUGGAAUCUAGACUCCGAUUGGCAUAAAUCGAAGAUACUCAGCGGUGGACAUAAAGAUGUCCGAUACGUAAUGAGGGUCGAUGACGACGGAAGAGAGCUGCACUGUGAAGAGAGAGUGACGCAAGAGAAUAAAAGAACGAACCGAAGCUUACUUGUGAACGAACAAAAUGACAGAUUACUUAGCAGCCACAACCAGAGCGUUGAAGCAUUAGCUGCAAUCGAGGUACCAUUCAGAGCACUGAUAAGUGGCGAUAGAGGUGGUAUAUUCAAACUAUGGAGAGUUGAUUAAAUCUUUUGUAAUUCAUGAAUGUAAUAUAUUCUUAAAC